GGCGCCUCCCGCCGACAAGAUGGCGGCGGCGCAGGGAGCGUUCAGCCUGAGGGAGGUGAUGGCCGCCUUCCAGAGCUGCGUGACGGAGCAGCGCGAGGUGCUGCUCGGCCCGUAUCUCCGCGGAUGGAGGGGGCUCGUACGCUUCCUCAACGGGCUGGGCGCCAUCUUCUCGUUCAUCUCUAAGGACGCGGUGACUAAAAUCCAGAUUAUGGAGAGUUAUUGCGGCGGGGAGAAGAAGGAGGAAUACCGUACAAUGCAAUCUAUGGUGCGCUAUGAGCUCAACGGAGGGCUGGUCGACUUGGAACAGCGCUCAGCCCACCCCAAUUCAGGCUGUAGGACCGUCCUACGGCUGCACCGGGCAUUGCAUUGGUUGCAGCUCUUCCUCGAAGGGCUUCGCACCGCCCAGCAGGACGCCAGCACUUCCACCAUCUGCACGGACAGCUACAACGCCUCGUUGGCCGCUUACCAUCCCUGGAUCGUCCGUAAGGCCGCUACCUUGGCCUUUUGUACCCUGCCAUCCCGCGAUGCCUUCCUAGAGGUGAUGAAUGUAGGCGGCCCCGAGGAGGCUGUGGAGAUGCUGGGUGAUGCUCUGCCCCAUAUCCGAGAUGUGUACGGCAUCACUGAGGAGCUGUAUGCACAGCACCGCCUGCUGGACCUGCCCUGAGUCCAUCCCCCAGCUCCUUGUACCCCCAUAAAGCUGAUGGAGCUCAGUGACUAAAAGAAAAUGCACUAAAAUACAUACAUUGCCAUAUAUAUAGCAUCAUCUCAGCACUGCAGGGAGUUUAAGUGUCCACAAGCACACUCAAGGGAGUGCUACUCUCCCCCCAGGCCCCAGUGUGAGGCUUUGGGGUCUUGCUAAGCCAAACUGCACCUUCAGCACUUAUACCACUAAAAAGGUGACAGCACCAAAGGCUGCAGGUAACUCCCUUACCCUAUAUCCAAACACCUUAAGCUCACUUGGCCACUUUGUUUACAAGCUGUUCCCUUGGAGCUGCUGCUUCCCCCCUACUCUGCUUUAGCACUCAAAAUAGAAUCCUAUCUGAAAAGAACCACCUCCCCUUGUGGUCACCAAGAGACUCUUCCAUUCCAUAUGGAUCCAUUCUGCUCAUUGUUUCUUCUGUCCUUUGUGUGUCUUGGGGUGUGGACCAGUUCUUCCUGUGUCCUGCACAGCACUAUGUACCCAGCUAAGGCUGCACUGCAUCUCUUUCUUCAGCCUUCCUUCUAAAUGGUGAUCUGUUAUUUAUUUUUUAUGAAUGUGUAACUUCUCUAACUACAAUCACUACAUCUAAUAGCCAGUAUCUAUAUAUGAAGUAUGUAAAACUGAGUUUACUAAGCAUCUUCAGAGCUGACAAAGCACAACUCUGUUACUUCAGGAAGACAUGAGUGCCUGGGGGAGGGUCCCAUAGACCAUCACCUUUUGGUUUCCUCUCAACUAGGAUUCACUCUGGCCUAAAGUAACACUGCAUGAUUCCGGAAAUCACUGUUACCUCAUUGGGAUCAGUCAGCUGGGCACUACACUACAUGAUUAACAAGCUGCUGGAGAGCAUCCCUCACAGGAAUGCUUUCCUUUCUUGUGGUGUUGGAAGAAAGUUGAGUUACGGUGUUAUCUGUUCAUCUCUGUCCUUCACUCUCAUGCACUGACCCAGGUGUGAAACCAACAUCAGGACUAAGCCAGGUGGAGUACUGAGAAUCUACAUCCUAAAUGGGAGUAUUGCUGCUAUGCUGUAAAGACAAAUACUCUCUUUCCUGCCAAAACCAUCUCAAAACAACACAGUCCCAUAGAAUAAACCCAUGUAUUAAAUAAAAUGGGGCAGCUCUGUGAUAUAAGCUACAAAAUAUCUCCUGCUGCACUCGCUCUGUGAUACACAUGGUGCUGGUAUUUCAGCUGGUGAAGUGUAUUAAAUGCCUUAAGUUGUGUCAAACAAUCUGUGUCAAGUGAAGGAAUAUUUGAUCUCUCUUGGAUCUCAUGCAGGAAUGGCACCAUUUAGUCUCAGCCAUCCCUUGCAGGAGGCAAGUAUUCAUGUUGAAAAUGAAGCUCUGCAAUUAAAGAAUCAAACUUUCACUGCA